AUGAGCAGCCCCGUGGAUUCCGUCAAGCCGCUGAGAAAAUAUAAAGUCGUUUUUCUGGGAAAACAAUCCGUCGGCAAAACAUCACUCAUCACCAGAUUCAUGUACGACUCUUUCGACAAUACUUAUCAAGCGACGAUUGGAAUCGACUUUCUUUCGAAAACAAUGUAUCUGGAAGACCGGACGGUGCGUCUGCAACUUUGGGACACAGCAGGUCACGAGCGUUUCAGAUCGCUGAUUCCCAGCUACAUCCGAGACAGCACCGUGGCGGUAGUAGUCUACGACGUCGCCAACGUAAAUAGCUUCCAACAGACGUCUAAGUGGAUCGACGAUGUCCGCGCGGAAAGAGGAACCGACGUCAUCAUCAUGCUUGUCGGAAACAAAACCGACUUAUCGGAUAAACGACAAGUGUCAGUCGACGAGGGAGAGAGAAAAGCGGCAGAGCUCAAUGUCAUGUUUAUCGAAACUUCCGCAAAAACUGGCUACAAUGUGAAACAGCUUUUCCGGCGAGUGGCAGCUGCCCUUCCGGGCAUGGAAGUCAAAGAAGACAAGGAAAAUCUCGUUGAAGUCAAUUUGCAGAAACAUACGAGCCAAGACAACGCCUCAGCGGCGAUAAAAGAGGCUGGAGGAUGCCAGUGCUAG